AUGUGUUUGCAAGACCAACCCGAAACUAGUAACCAACCCAAAAAUAAUGACCAACCCAAAAAUAAUGACCAACCUGAAACUAGUGACCAACCUGAAACUAGUGACCAACCCGAAACUAGUGAUCAACCUGAAACUAGUGACCAACCUGAAUGUUUAUUACUAUACCAAAGUAUUUAUGAAGAAUCGUAUGAUGAUUUAUAUGAAGAUAGUUGUGGAUAUUAUGAGCCAGAAGAUAGUUGUAGAGAGGAUGAGCCAGAAGAUAGCAUAUUGAGAGAAAUUUAUAGUGGACAAAUGGCUACUGUUUUAAAAAAGAUAUUAAGAAAAAAGUAUCCAGAUCAGGACAUUUACCACCAAGAUCUUUAUAAUGCGAUACAUAAAUUUAAAGCUGGUUCUCAAGUUAAAAAUGACACUGCGACACUUCUAGAACAUUUAAUUAAAUUACAUUCGGAGGAUCCUGAAUAUUAUUUCAAAGUUGAAUUUGAGG